CAACAGUGUGAUUAUACAAGAGUCUACGCACAUCUGCACUUAGUACUGUAAAAAUGUAGUUCCUAAGAUUGUCGUGGUCAUCCAACUACGGCUGCAUUUUGGCCGUGCUUGUGAGUGCAUGUGUGUGCUGCUGGGAAUAGCUGAGCCAUGUGAUUCUUCCAGGUUCUAUUUCAGAACGCUGACCGUCAAACACUCGGCAGUCUUCACAGCAGCUUAAAGAAUAAUUAACAAAUGUGCUGUCAAUCCCUCUGUCUUUCAUCUGAGUUCAAAUUUUCAUCCGAAUCAACAGGUGAAGAGUAUCUGUAGGUGCUUCCAGGGUGCGUGGCCUCUCCCCUUCUCUCCCGUGACCUCCGAACCCCAGAAGAUCUUCUCCCCAUCGCCUCCCUGAGGCCGGACCGUUAUCGAUGGCGCUGGGGGCGUUUCUGCGCUUUGGGAAGCAGUUGCUGAGGGUGAAGGUGGUAAACUGCAACUCCGAGGACUCCCGUCUGUCCCGAUGCCUCAACACCUUCGACCUGGUCGCCCUGGGCGUUGGCAGCACGUUGGGCGCUGGUGUUUAUGUGCUAGCUGGUGCUGUUGCACGAGAGAAUUCAGGUCCCGCUAUUGUGCUGUCCUUCCUGAUAGCAGCCUUAGCUUCAGUGUUGGCUGGUCUUUGCUAUGCUGAGUUUGGAGCUCGUGUCCCCAAGACGGGCUCUGCUUAUCUUUACUCGUAUGUAACUGUAGGAGAGCUCUGGGCCUUCAUUACUGGAUGGAACCUCAUCCUGUCCUAUAUAAUUGGCACCUCCAGUGUGGCCCGUGCAUGGAGCGCCACCUUCGAUGAGUUGAUAGGGAGGCGCAUCGAGCAGUUCUGCAGAGAGUACAUGUCCAUGAAUGCACCAGGAGUGCUGGCGGAGUAUCCUGACAUGUUUGCUGUUCUCAUCAUUAUCACUCUUACAGGUCUGCUGGCGUUUGGGGUCAAAGAAUCAGCAAUGGUGAACAAGGUUUUUACAUGUAUCAACAUCCUAGUGUUGUUGUUCAUGGUGGUCUCUGGCCUGGUCAAAGGCACUAUGAAGAACUGGCAGCUGGACCCUGAAGAGAUCCUUCAUGCCAAUUAUACAAGGAACUCCAGUCACAAUCUGACAGACAUUCUGCCAUCCAAGGAGAGUUUAGGGGUUGGUGGCUUCAUGCCGUUUGGCUUCACGGGUGUCCUGUCAGGAGCUGCUACCUGCUUCUAUGCCUUUGUAGGAUUCGACUGCAUCGCCACCACAGGUGAAGAGGUGAAGAACCCCCAGAGAGCCAUUCCGAUCGGCAUUGUGUCCUCGCUGCUCAUCUGCUUUGUAGCGUACUUCGGCGUUUCUGCCGCACUCACCCUCAUGAUGCCAUACUACCUGCUGGACAGCAACAGUCCUCUGCCUGUAGCUUUCAAAUAUGUGGGCUGGGGAGGAGCCAAAUAUGCUGUAGCUGUAGGCUCUCUUUGUGCUCUGUCUACCAGCCUGCUGGGUGCUAUGUUCCCUAUGCCUCGUGUGCUCUGGGCUAUGGCUGACGAUGGGCUGCUUUUCAAGUUCAUGGCCGAGAUCAGCCCUCGUACCAAAACCCCGCUAAUUGCAACCCUCACCUCUGGCGCAGGGGCAGCAAUCAUGGCAUUUCUGUUCGACCUGAAGGACUUGGUGGACCUGAUGUCAAUAGGGACGCUGCUGGCCUACACACUGGUGGCAGCCUGUGUCCUGGUGCUCAGAUACCAGCCCGAGCAGCCCAGUCUGAUGUAUCAGAUGGCUAAUACUCAGGACGAUGGGGAGCUGAGUGACGGCAUCAGUGUCCCUAGUAUGGGCAUCCUGCCUGGUGUGGAGGAGAGGUUCAGCUUCAAGACACUGCUGUUCCCAGACAACCCUGAACCAUCCACUUUGUCAGGCUUCAGCGUUAACAUCUGUGCCUCUGCCUUGGGUUCUCUGAUCCUGAUAUUCAGUAUACUGGCAGUGCAGGGAGGCACUGCAGGGUGGAACAUUGUAGCCCUCAGUGUCAUCUUCAUGGUGUGUCUCAUCCUCGUCUUCAUCAUCUGGAGGCAGCCUGAAAGCAAGACGAAGCUCUCCUUUAAGGUUCCUCUGCUUCCCUUCAUUCCAGUGAUCAGCAUGUUUGUCAAUGUCUACUUGAUGAUGCAGCUGGACAGAGGCACCUGGAUUAGAUUUUCAGUCUGGAUGGCUAUAGGUUUCGUGAUCUACUUCUGCUACGGCAUUCAUCACAGCACCGAGGCAGCUGUUGCUCGCUCGUCUCCAGACACAGAGAUGAACGGCUUCAAGCCAGACCAAGAAUUAGAACCAAUGUCACCAGAAAAGGAGGCCUUCCUGCACCAUGGUGUUGCCACCAGGGAAGAGGAUGAUGGAGAUCUGUAGGGAACUGCCUCAAUGCCAAACAGCCCUGACACCAGUCUGUCUGUGUUGGAGUGUUUUUGACAGGAAAACUCCCAGUCCCUCACUGGCGGUACUCCCUUUGGAGGAAGGCAAUGAUAAAUAACUUUGACUUAAAAUUCACAAACCUCUGACUUUCCCCUUCGGCUGCUGAGUAGAACACAGACAACUGAUGAUAAUACUCGUGCCAAAACAGACUUUAAAAGCCUCAACUGACUUGUUCUUUAAUUUCAGUAUUCCGCAAAAAGGUCGUUCCCCCCUUUAGCUUGGCCUUGAGAUUCAACUGCUCAUUAUCGCUUGGCUGUCAGAGCGGGAGUCAGGUCGGAGACAUGAAACAUGUCAGUGUUUAAGGGAGGUUCCGAGAUAGCAGGAGACCACAUUAUCUGUUUCUCUUCGUCCUGGGAUGUAGUUACUGCUUUGGAGUGUGUCUGAGUUACAUUGUUGCCAGUAGAACUAUGAGCAAGAGCUGAUGUCUGGGGGCAAAGAAGUCUUGCAGCAAUGCGUUUUUGUACGGUUAAAACACAACUAUGUAUCUACAUAAUUCUAAAAAUCUGAUAACACGCGUCAGUAUUAAAUACACAUUGGCACAUUGUCUAAAACCUACCAGUUCUUAUGUAACUAAUUUUGAAAUGCUGCUCUAACAGUUCUCCCUGAUAAGAUGGAGCUGGCUCAACGCACAAUGCACAAACACACUUUGUGUGUCAGUGAUGUAAUACAGACAUCAGUGGCUGUGUAAGUAGGGCAGCAGGGAGCUACAUUUUACGUUUUCCACAAGUCCAGUUCUGAAUCUCAAGGAUUGCACUGAUGCCAUGUGAGGUCCAAGGUUUGGUCUGGUGUCCUGUUGUGGUUAUACAGUUUUGUUUCACUGCAGGCAUUUGAUUUCUCAAGAAACCAUCAUGAGCCAUCAACUUGCAAAUUAUAAUGCAGAAACUGCUGUUACAUCUGAUGGGAUGGUUCCUACUCUGAAAUACAGAGGUUUAAAGGAAGUGAUAUGGCCUGAAGCCAAAAAAACAUUACAAAAGGUCACACCAUGUGUCUUAUAAUAUUGAAUAUUAUAAUAUUUUUAAAUUCACUCUCUUUUAUGGGAUAAUCAGAUUUCUGAAUUCUGAAUGUUGAACAUCGGGUAAAGACACUGACAGUUGCUGAUAGUCAUCAUGUAACACUAGAUGACAGCAGAUUUUCACAGUGCUGGCUGCUGUGUUUUUGCAUAUGUAGCUUGUAGCAUUUAAUUUUCUCUUUUAAAAAGUAAUAUAGGCCACCUUUUCCCUAACAGUUUUUUUUUCUUAAAGCUUCUAUUUGGUGGAAUAUAUUUGUCAUGAAUUUUUUUAACACCUGUUCUCUUGUGUAGUGAUGUGUUUUUAUUACCCCCCUCUUAAAACAAUAGCCAAAUCUCUAGUGUGUUUUUUCAAACUAUGAGUCUGAUUCAGUUUAAUAUUUACAAGUCAAUGAAAGCUUACAGAAAAAUUCAUGAGGCGGAAUUUGACACACGUGCAUUUAUUUGCAUCUUUUUUUUUUGCUUGUUGUCAUUAAAGUAUGAAAUACUUUUAGACAUUUUUACUCUCUUUUCAUGAACUCAAAAUAUUAGACCACCAGUUUAUCACUGAAGUGUAAUAACAUUGUGGGUUAACACAGUGAAGAUAAGACAGUUAUCAAAACUGAUGCACUAGAAUAAGAGGCAUCCUUUUUUAAACUCCGUGCAUUCUUUUUCCUUGCGUACAUUACCCAUGAUGCAAUUCCAGACAGACUGCGCAGCUCCCUCUGUCGCUACAAAAAACUGUACACAACUUUUGUUCCCAAACAUGCCAUAACAACAGCAUACAGACUUCCAUGUCUAAAAUUAGCAUCUCAUCAUUUAAAUCCACAACCCUUAAGUGCAUUCACUAAUUUUUUUUGUUUUGUUUUUUUUUUUUUUACAACAAAGUAGCUGUCAAUCAGCAGUAACAUGUAUAAUCAAGAUUGUGUAUAUAAGAAGUUGUGUAUAUUUCUUGCAGUAAAUUAUUUGUAAAUUGGAGAAAAGGCUUUUUUGUUAUUUUCAAUGACUUUUGCAUCUGUCUUUCAGUUCUUUGGUUUUGCUUCUCUGUUUGUGUCCAGUGUUGUGCUUCUUAUGUUGUGUUUACAUGAUCAGUGCGACUGAAAUUUUGUGCCCUCGGGUGAUGAAGGCAGCAAAAUUAUCGGCUUCACCGUUCUUUUAACACGUGCCUUACAUGUAUUACUUAUACGACAAAAAAGUUGACGUUACAAAACUAGAAACAUGGGAUACUGCCAUGACCGUGGCAGUAACAAGUUGUGGGCUCACAGUGGGCUGAGUGUAAUGUAGCUUUUCACAGUAGAGGUGUAAUAUAAAAAAGCUGUGACAUCACAUUAUUACUGCAAAUAUCUCUACAAAGCUGUAGUUUUACUGCAACAGAGCAUUAGCUUCUUUAUUUUGUAAUUCUUGAGUUACAAAUAGGCAGUUUCACUAGCAGACAAAGCACACAAAAAUAUCCCCUUUCCUAGAAUUGUACUUGUUUAAAAGCAUUUACAGUAUGCAAAAGAAUCAUGUGCAUAUUAAAUCUAUCUAUGGAUUGUGAAACCUCAGUGUUAUUUCUGAAAAAAUACCAUGUGUAUAUACACAUGUAUAAAUAGGUGAUCAUUGGAUGCUGCUUCAAAACUUUGGCUUCUCCUUUUAUGAGGCUUUUGAUGUUUCACAUCCAUUGUCAUUGUUGGACAACACGCUGCUUCAUGUUCAUGUCAUCUUAUUUCACUUUUAUCAGACGUUUUUUUCUUGUUGUAGUUGUUAUUGCUGGUAAUGUUUUUGGUUAUCGUUGGCUUCCAGUGUGCUUGAAAUUAGAAGUAAAUGUCUUUGUACUGGG